GUCUCUGACAAACCUCCUGAUCUUGCUCGUUGCCUGUUUCCUUGUUGCCUUUUGUUCCCCUGAUCCCUGUUUCUCCCGCUCUUCCCACAGCUUGGACCUUGGACUUCCCCUGGCUUGUUCCCACUCAGAUUUGGAUACUGAAACAUCCAACCUGCACCUCAACAAACCUCACGGAGAUGACCACACACUGAAGUUACCCAGGAAACCUGGGUGGCGUUUGACUGGGGAUUUUACAUACCAAGUUGUGUGCAGUUAAAGCAGCAGUCUGCCGAAUCGAUGCCUUGCACCUACUCGCAUUCAUCUCUUUUACACAGUGUGCUGCAGCAUGCCUGAGCAUGUUCGUGUACUAGAAAAGGCUGCUGCUGCCGGCACAGUGGAGUGGUACCAUUCUAGCGGCCUAGCUGGCUGAACGCAGGAUGACCCAUCUCCCCGGGGGCUUCAAAUCACCACAUCAUCAUCAGUCGCUCCUCAGAGUGGAGCAGAUGAGAUUUCAUUCCCAUCAAGAACCAAGGCUGCUUUACUAACUGGAUAGUCUUCCCUCAUAAAUCAGUGCUGAUAUGCUCUGACUAUGAGUGGCAUAGGAGACAACUCAUUGGAGCCGCUGUGCUCUGACCGCAAACGUAAACUGUCCACCUGCGACACACCGGGCAUUGGGUGUGACAAGCGCCGACGGGAGCAGGAAACCAAGUACAUCGAGGAGCUGGCUGAGCUCAUCUCUGCUAACCUCUCUAACAUUGAUAGCUUCAACGUGAAGCCUGACAAAUGUGCAAUCCUCAAGGAGACUGUGCGGCAGAUCAGACAAAUCAAAGAGCAAGGUAAAAACUCUUGCAAUGCUGAUGAUGUUCAGAAGGCAGAUGUGUCCUCUACUGGACAGGGGGUUAUUGACAAGGACCACCUGGGGCCACUGCUUCUACAGGCUCUGGAUGGGUUUUUGUUUGUUGUCAACCGAGAGGGCAGUAUUGUGUUUGUGUCAGAUAAUGUGACACAAUACCUGCAGUACAAACAAGAGGAGCUGAUCAACACCAGUGUGUACAACAUCAUCCACGAUGACGACAGGGAGGAGUUUCACAAAAAUUUACCCAAAUCAACUGUACCAAACGGGGCAUCAUGGGCUGGAGAGGCACCCAGACAAAAGAGCCACACAUUUAACUGCCGCAUGUUGGUAAACUUGGUCCAUGGUUUGUCAGAAGAGAGGUCCGGUGGUCAGCGCUAUGAGACAAUGCAGUGUUUCGCUCUCACUCAGCCCAGGGCCAUGAUGGAGGAGGGGGAAGACCUGCAGUCAUGUAUGAUCUGUGUGGCUCGCCGCAUCACAGCAGUAGAGAGGACGGAGCGCUUUAGCACUCGCCAUGAACUGUCUGGUAAACUAAUUGAAAUUGAGCAGCAGAGCACUCUUCACACCACAAUGCGUCCUGGUUGGGAGGACUUGGUGAGGCGCUGCAUGCAGAUGUUCCUCAAUCGAAGCGAAGGACAACCAUGGUCUUACAAACGCCACUAUCAAGAUGCUAUCCAUAAUGGUCACGCAGAGACGCCACUGUACCGAUUCUCACUCUCUGACGGCACCCCUGUAACAGCCCAGACCAGGAGUGACCUCUGCAGAAAUCCCAACACCAAUGAACCACACUCAUUUUUAUCAACACAUUUGCUUCAGAGGGAGCAGAAUGGCUAUCGUGGAAACCAAGUAGGAGGCAUGAGGGCUCAAGCCAUGGGUGUGAACAACCCCAACCAACAAAUGAACAUAGGCUAUGGAAUGGCUGACCAGGGCAACUUUGCCCAAAGAGGAGUGCCUCCUUAUACUGGUGGAACCCGCAUGAAUCAAAUGAAUCCCAUGCAUCAGAUGAACAACAUGGGUCCAAUGAAUUCCAUGCAUGCUAUGAACUCGUUGAACCAAAUGGGGCAGAUGAAUCAGAUGGGACACCAUGCCAUGCAUCAGCAUCAGCAACAGCAUCAGCAUCAGCAUCAGCACCAGCAUCAGCAUCAGCAUCAGCACCAGCACCAGCACCAACAUCAACAUCAACAGAUCGCUCAGUUCCAUGGAGGUGGGCCUGGAGGUGGAGGAUAUGGAAUGGGAAUGACCAGUCCCCCACAGGCCAGUCCAGGGAUUAAUGCGCCCCCACACAACGUCUUGGGUUCACCCAGAGUCCGAGGAAGUCCCAAGAUGGGUGCCAGCCCCUUCUCUCCUGGAGGCUUGAACUCUCCCAUGAGCUCCAGCCACCCAUGUAACUCGGGAAGUGGGACCACAACGUACUCCAGCAGCUCACUGAAUGCUCUCCAAGCCAUUAGUGAGGGUGUGGGCAAUCCCUUGCCCUCCCCUCUUACCUCUCCUACCACACACAAGCCUGACAGUUCACCAAGUAUCAAUUCCACCAACCAGGCAGCAGGUGGUCCUUGCAAGCCCAGCAUCCCAUCUCACUGUGACUCUAAGAGUCCUGGCAGCUCUUUGGGGCCAACAGUGGACCUCCAGCACCCCCACACCCCCACUAGCGAGUGCCCUCCAGACAAACCAGACAGUCAUGCCAGCAGAGAGGCAGGACCAAACAUGGGAGAAUUAAAUCGACGGAUACAUGACAAAAGCCACAAGAAGCUUUUGCAGCUCCUUACUUCCCCAACAGAUGAGCUGGCGCCACCUAAUCACCCACCAAGCUCUACACUCGAUGGCAAAGAAGGAACAACUGGUGUCACCAGUCCUUCCUCCACAACCGGUGUGUCUUCCUCUACGGGGGGAGGUCAUGGUGCAGUGUCCUCCUCCGGCAGUGCGGGGAAUUUUACAAGUCAGUCACUCCAGGAGAAGCACAAGAUUCUCCACAAGCUCCUAAAAAAUGGUAACACUCCGGAUGAGGUGGCUCGUAUCACAGCUGAGGCCACUGGAAAGAGUAGCUUAGAUUCAGGCGUUUCAGAGGCUGGAUCGGCAUCUGUCGGAGGAGUUAGAGGAUCAGAAUCAAAGCAGGAGCAGCAAAGUCCUAAGAAGGAGAAACCCCACGCACUCCUUCACUACCUCCUUAAUAAGGAUGACACAAAAGAGGGUGUCGAUAUCAAGCCAAAGCUGGAAGAGCUAGAGGGUAGAGGAACUCAAGGGGCAGGAGUUACCAGCUCGGAGUCCCACGCCAUAGAUAGCAAGGUCAAGCUUGAGCCAUCUGAUGAGGCGGAGACCUUGGAGACCAUCUUGGGAACUAGAAACGUCUCAGGAUUCUACCCAGAGCCCGAUUCCAGAUCAGGAAAAGAAGGAAACAAACUGGGAAAUAUACCUGAGAGUUUACUUGAUGGAGAUAAAUGUGCGAUGGCUUCAGGUCAUCCAGGGAUGUAUAAAAGAACCAUGUCCAUGGAUGCUAAGCCAAUGAUUGGAGAAGGUGGAGUUGGAUGCGGCUUGGCUGUAAGAAGGAACGUCCCUUGUCCCACACUUAUAAAACAAGAGAACAUGGAUGCUCCAAUCCGACCUGGUGGUGUUCCCAAUAGCUUUCCCGGAGCCGCAGGAGUGUGCCCGCCACGAGGAAAUCCAACAAGAGGCAUCGGGAGAGGGAUGGGAAUGCCACAGCGCCCUCCAAUGGCAGGGCCAGGAGAUUGGGGAAUGCAAAGAUCAAACACAGGCCCUCUGACUGGACCAGGUCACAUAGGUAUGGGCCGCUCUGGCCCAAUGGGCGGACCCAUGAUCAACCGCUCCAACAGUGUACCUGCAAAUACAAGGUCUAUCCUGCAACAACAACUUAUGGAUAUGGGUAGUAAUGAUGGCAAUAUGGCCUUGAGCCCAUUUAGUGGACAUGUCCCCACACCACACUCCCCUUCUUGGCGAGAAUCUGCCAUUGGGAUGGACAGACCCCAAAAUAACACUAACAGGGAACAGUUUGGCAACCCCUUAGAUGAUCUUCUAGCUGCUCGCAGCGAGGGUCCGAGUGAUGAGCGAGUACUUCUGGAUCAGCUGGACUCUCUGCUCAACACUGCUGACAUUAUUGCGCUGCAGGAAAUAGACCGAGCUCUCGGCAUACCUGAAAUAGUAGGCCAGACCCAAGGACCUGAUGGCCAGGAUCAAGGACCAUCUCAGUGCGGCCCAUCAGAGACUUUUUCACGUCCGGACUCGACCAUUGGCAUUGAGCAAAAGCCCAUGUAUGGCCAAGGGUACCCUGGACCCCCCGGACCGCCCUCGAUGGGCAUGCAGCAUGGUUACGGUAGCAACACGCUACCGGGUCAAUCUCCUGCAGGAUUCAACCCCAUGAUGGGUCAGAUGGGCCAGACAGGAGGAUUCCCAGGCAUGGGAGGUAUGGGAAAUCCCCGGGCAAACAUGAUGAGGCCUCGCAUGAUGACUGCCACCAAGCCUCUCAGACUGCAGCUUCAGCAAAGACUACAAGGACAACAGUUCAUGAACCAGACCCGUCAAGGAAUAAAGAUGGAAAACACUCCUGGAGGAAACCCUGCCAUGCGCCCCGGCAUGCGCCCCAGCAUGCAACCUGGCAUGCAGCCUGGCAUGCAACCUGGCAUGCAACCUGGCAUGCAGCCUGGCAUGCAGCCGGGUCUCCAACCCGGCAUGCAGCCUGGCAUGCAACAUGGUCUGCAACCUGGGAUGCAGUCCGGGAUGAGUGGUCAGCCGGGUUUCCUGAACGCUCAGAUGAUGGCCCAGCGCAGCAGGGAAAUAAUGACAAUGCAGAUGAGGAAGCAGCGGAUGUUGAUGGUGCAACAGCAGCAGCAGCAGCAGCAGCAGCAGCAACAGCCGCAGCAGCAACAGGCACAGGGGGCAGCAGCAGGAUUCAGUCCUCCUCCAAAUGUGACUGCGCCGGGAGGUAUGGACGCUGCAAUGGGAGGUUCGGCCAUGAACAAGCCCGGCUUCAGCUACGGAGGUAACUAUGGAAUGAACCAACAGGGGGAGCCGUCAUUAAUGGCGGCAGGUAGCAGCUCACCAGGAAACAUGAUGACGUCACGGAUGGGCGGCCCUGCUCAGAACAACAUGAUGUCAGGAAUGCAAGGGAGUCCACAUGGAGCGCCCAUGUAUCCAUCAGGAGACAUGAAGGGCUGGCCACCGGGUGCAAUGCCUCGCAAAAGCUCAUAUCCCCAGCAACAGUUUGCCCAGCAGGCCAACCAAGGCCAGUUUGCAAACAUGAUGAUGAGCAACUCCAUGGGCAGGCCCGGCGCGGUCGGCGGGGGCGGCUCGGCACAAAUGGGCCAAAUGCCGGCACAGAUGCAGGGCCAAAUGCCAGGACAGAUGCAGGGCCAGAUGGGCAUGAACCCAAUGGGAAUGGGUCGCAUGCCAAUGGGGCCUGAUCAGAAGUAUUGCUGAGAACAUGGCUCAAUUCUACCACAACACACUGCUCAUCCAAGAGGACGCCUUGUGGGGCGACUGUGUUGAGCAGAACGGGACGACGGUACAAUUGUCUCUGGCUGCACUUUAACCUGGAGGUUUCUGUACGGCGGAAGGGGGAGAUUGCUGCAAUAUUUUUCAUCUUUAUAGCCUUUCUUUAAAAAGAAUGAUGCCUUCUCAACAAUUUUUGUUAUGUUUUUGUUCCCCCUUUCUUCCAAUCAUGUGUAUUCGCCUCACCUUGAAGUCAUUGGAAGCUAUAAGCACACAGUUGGAGCAAUAACGUCUGUUCUUUUCCACCCACUGAGCAUCUCAACCUCUGUUUUUGGCAAACAAAAGGUACUGCAGUAUUAGAUGUCUCAAACAUCGUCUGUAAAUAGGAUUUGUAAAUAUUCUGCAAAAUAUAUCAAACAUGAUUUUAAAAGCCUAUAAUUGCACAAAGGAUGAGACUUGCUUGUAUUUUGUGUCCAGUAGGUCAAAGCUGAUUUUAAUUUUUCUGAAAUCUUUCCAAAUAUUACAGGUCUGAUGGGAUUUCCGUUUCCUUUUUCCUUGUCUUUUUUUAAUUUUAUGUUUAAUUUUUGUAUUCUCUGACAAUGUGUGUAUGUAAUGUCUUAGCGAGGCACUUUUAAAUGUGACAUGGAUCUGACAAACUGAAGGUUUUGAGCUUUCACACUCAGAAGUUUUAUUGGAAAGUGCUGGAACUUUUUGAACCGUCAGUCACGUGGAACUAUUUUAUUGAGUAGCGUGCGAGUACAACGAAAAAGGACACAAACUUCAACAACACUUCUGGUCCUUGCAGUUCUCCUUCCUGUUCAGUUUCCAUGCAGUGUAUUUUUUUAGCCAUUUUCUCUUAGACUGUUGACUCUACCUUUUCAACAUGCGCAAUCCAAAGAUAUUUUCCCACAUCUUUAUAGUUUUUAAAGUUUCCUGGUGUACAUUUAAUGAUAUACAUUAUUUUAUUCAGAUGGUAAAUAGGUACAUAUAGCUAAGCAAAUACAUCCGAUGGUUAUGUCGUUAAAUGUAAAAUUGUUCUGCAGCACGUGGGCUUUCUGUGAAGUGCAGAAAUGACUGGAAAUUCUCUGCUGUGUAAACCGAAAAGUCCACUUCAAGACAUAUCAAUAGUUCAUGUAUUUUUUUAAGAAACAACUUCAUUUUAUGGCCAGAUUUUGUUACUUUGUGGGCGGUGGAAAAAAAAAAAAAAGAACUUUGUAAUGUGAGAUCUUUUGGCAGUCUCGAGGUAUGUCAUUUUACAAGAUGUAUAUUACAGAUUUGUUUUUUCAGUUGAUGUUGAUAUCGAUGUAAAUACAAAUUUCUAUUUAAACA